AAACUAGCAGAAAUAGUAAUUUGUGAAGCUUUACCACCGCAUGCAAUAGCUUUCCUUUGGAUUCACCGUCAGAGAGUGAGCUCAGUCUUGCAGGGCCUCAAGACGGGCUGCCAGCAUUUUCACGUAUGAGCAUUCUUUGUCAGUCUACAGGCAGCCCAACUACUAUGGCUACUGCUUAAGUCAACUUGACACGGGAAUUGUUGGCGCGCACCAAGCUGGCAGAACUCGGACCCCGACGAGGGAAAUGUUGACACCCUCACGCGAAGCCAGGUCCAGAUUUGGAUACCGCAUGACCUGGUCGCGUUGACAGCGGACAAUCGCCAGACCGCCCAAUGCGCGCCAUCUCGCUUUCGCUUCCACUGGUCUGCCUGCUCCUGGUUGCGUGCCAUGUGGCGCUACCGAUAGCACAACCGCUGGUGAAGCGCGAGGUUCUCGAUGUGACGGUCGACAACUCGGCCCCACCGCCCUUGGGAUUGGCAGAGUGGGCCCCGCCGCCCGACUCCAGUGACAUUGCAAACGGGCAGCCCCCACCUCCAACCGAGGACCUGGAAGCAGCUAGCCCACCGCCUCGCAGCUGGCGUGCUCCCUCUCCCCGGAGGUCUCCUAGCAGCGGCAGCGGCUCUGGUGGGAGCAGCCGUGGCGGCCCGGCGCGCCGACCUCCGGUCCAGCGGUGGCACUGGCGGCACCCGCCCUCAGUCCUGGUGCUGCGCCGUCACCCGCCGCCGCCACACGGCCGCGUUGCCAGCAGGGGUCACCCAGGCAACUCCCCUCCGCCCAGGAGCGGCACCGGGACCGCGGCUCGGCCGCCCUCGCCGCCGCCAGUGCGGCUGCAGUCCGCCGAAUGCUCGCUGACGCUGAUCGGCUCGCAGGCAGCACGUGCCAACCGCAGCGGUGCGGCCGGCGGCGCAGCCGGUGCAAGCAGCACCAGCACCAGCACCAGCGGCGGCGGCGGCGGCAGCGGCAUCUUGCGCGCAACGGCGCUGCUGGCGGCAGAGCUGCACUGCACCUCAGACGACGGGCGGCCUGUGGCGGUGGCGGCGGGCGCACAGCUGCUGAGCCUGCUGACGGCUGCCAAUGCCGCUGGCAGCUCAGCUGCACCUGCACCCGCGGCCUCGGGCGUGGCUUUGUCGCAUCGGCCCGGCGAUGACGAGUGGGGCCUGUCCUUCGCUGGGCCGCUUGAGGCGCUGGUGCUGACACGCAGCCGGCUGGCGGACCUGCCGCUCAGCAGGCGGGGGCCGCUGCUGCACUGCAGGAGCUGCAGGAGGCUGGAGCUGCGUGACACAACCCUGUCCAACCUGGGCGGCGUGGGCACCAGCGCCACGCAGGCGGGCGUGCUGCCGUACGGCGUGUACGGCGCGGUGCACGUGGAGGGCGCGGCGGCGGUGCGCCUCAGCAACAGCAGCUGCAGCGGCGUGCGAGACGCACACGGCUGGGCCUGCCUGCUGGUCGACUACGACGCCGCCGAGCCGGCGCCGCUGGGGCCCGCCGGCGCGGCGGCGGUGGCGGCUGACGCCGUGAGCUACGAUGCGCUGCCGCCGGCGGGUGUGGCGGCGGUGGCGGCGGGCUUGGGUGGCCCUGGCGCGGUGACUGGCGGCGGCGGAUUCAGCAACCGCAGCGUCAGCGGCAGCGGUAGGGGCAACAGCAGCAGCGGCAGUGGCAAUGGCAGCAGUAGCGCCAGCGACAGAAGCGGCGGCGCUGCGGAUGCGGCGGCGGCGGUGGUGGGCUGGUCGCUGGUCCUGGAGGCGGGGAGCCGCGUGGGCAACAACUCGGUCAUAGUGGGCGGGAAGCACGGCACGGCCUGGGGCGGCUUUGCGGACCCGGAUGCACAGACCAUGUCGUACGGCUACGGCGCCAUACUGCUGCGUGUGGGCCGCAGCAGCAGUAGCAGCAGCAAUGUCACCGAUGACGUAAACGCCGGCAACAGCAGCAGCACUGGAGCAUUGGCUUGGGCGCGGAUGCCGUCAUCACCGCCGCCUCCGUUGCCGACUGUGGAGGCGGCGGCGGUGACGACGGUGGCGCUUGCGCCGCUGGUGGUGGUGUGUGACAGCGGCUCGGUGCUGGACCAGAACGUGGGGCACCGCGGCGCGGCGCUGGCGGCGCUAGGGGCCGAGUGGCCGGUCGUUAGGCUGCUGCGCGGCUCUGUCGUCUCCAACAACAAAGUGUAUGUGGGGGACGGUGGCGGGCUGUGGCUGUCCGCAGCGCCGCCGCCCGCCGCCAGCGCCCGCCGCCGCGUGCCCAGCCGCCCAGUACCGCCUGGGCUCAGGCCCGGCUUUGCAGUGCUGGGCGGCUCCUCGCUCCGCGGCAACUCGGCCGAGCAGGGCUCGGGCGGCGGCCUGUGGGCAGACGUGCCGCUGGAUCUGCUGGUAGGCGGCGCCGGCAGCAGCCUGGACGACAACGCGGCGGCGGGCGGCGGCGGCGCCGUCAGCAUGACGGCGGGCGACAGCGCCGCCGCCGGCGGCGCGUGGGCGGCGCUGCUGCGCACCUACGGCGCCGCUGGUGCGUGCAGCAGCAACGGAACGCGAGGUGGUGGAAGCAGCAGCAACACCAACAGUAGCAUUAGCAGCAACAGCAGCAGCAGUGGUGCCGGGGGUGGCGGGAGUGGCAGCGGCAGCCGGGGGUGGGUGUAUUGGCCGGGCACGCUGCGGGUGGUGGUGGCGGGCGGCGGCGGGCUGAGCGGUAACCAGGCCCAGGGGUCGGGCGGGGCAGUGGCACUGGACGUGCGGCGGCCUGUGCUGGUGCAGGUGGUCGGGAACAGCUCUGUCCAGGCCAAUACGGCAAGCGGGGAGGGCGGCGCUUUGUGGGUGGCGGCGGCCUGCGAGGGCGUGGGGCCGCUGGACGGUCGCUGCCCCGCCGGGCUGCGGCUGUCGGGCGGCGGCGCGGUGUCGGACAACCUGGCUGCGGGCGGCAGCGGCGGCGCGGUGUGCGUGGAGGGCGUCAUGGGGCUGUUGGAGCUGGACGCCUCCAGUGCCAUGACCGGCAACGCGGCAACCGACAUGGGAGGCGCGGUGUACGGCGGCAAGGGCCUGAGCGAGGGCCGCAUCAACGGGACCUUUGACGGAAACGUGGCGCUCAUUGGGCACGGCGGAGCGCUCAUGUUCGGAGCCGCCAACGCGGCCACCGGCGCUUCAUCUGGGUCGGGAUCUGGAUCUGGGUCGGCCGAUCCGGCGUCCGCUGGCUCGCCGUCGGGGCGCGUGGCUGUGGGGCCGGGGGCAGUGUUCCGAGCCAACAGCGCGGGCGGCCGCGGGGGUGGCGCGUGCUUCCUUGGCGGCGUCAACUCUCUGCUGGUGACGGGGGCGGUGUUCGACAGCAAUGAGGCCAACACCGACGGCGGCGGGCUGGCGGUGGUGGGCCCACUGCCCGCCGCUAACAUCACCAACACCACCUUCACAGCCAACAAGGCGGCGGGCUCGGGCGGCGCCAUCUUCCACCAGGUGGUGGGAGGCGCGCUGCUGCCCACCCGCAUGGGCAUCAGCUCAUGCUCGCUGCAGGGCAACCAGGCCGAUGGCGGCUCCGGCGGCGGCCUGGCGGCAGUGGUGUUCCCAGCCCCAGUCGGCCGCCUGCGCUUCGCCUGGGCUACACCCAACCCCGAGAUACCGGAGUCAGCGGCGGGCCCCGACCCGACGUCAGGGGCAGGUGUGGAGGUGGACGGUGGCUCGCCGCCACCGGCUGAGGAGGGCGGCGAAGGCGGCAGUGGCGGCCGGCGGCGGGAGCUGGGGGCGGCAGCGGGCGGCGACAGCAGCGAGCUGCCGGCUGCGCGCCGUGCGGCCUUGUCCGUAGUGGCACGGCUGUCGUACAGCCUGGUCCUUGAUUCGUCGGUAUUGCAGGGCAACAGCGCGGCGGGGGACGGGGGCGCCGUAUUUGUGGCCGCGGAUGGGCGCGCGGUCCGGCUGCGGGUGUGGGGCCGCGGCUCCGCCGUGUCGCAGAACACCGCAGGAGGCGGCGUCGGCGCCGGCGCCGGCUUCAGCUACCUCGGCCUGGGCGGCAGCGCCUGCGGCGGCGGCGGCAUCUUCGUCGGCACCGUCCGCUACGACAACCCCAACACAACAAAAGCUGCCGGCAGCAGCAGCAGCACUGGCGGCGGCGCGGCAGAGUUCAAUGGGUGCCGUACCUCGCUGACUGACAUGCGAGGCGACUUCAACACAGCCGGCGGCGGCGGCUGCGGCGGCGGCGCCGUGCUGGUGACCAACUGCCAGGUAAACGCCAACGGCUGCGCGUACGUCAGCAACCGGGCUAGCGGCGGCGGCGCGGCGUUGGCGGUGCUGAACGGCGGCGGCGGCACGACCGCCGCGGCAGCGGCCGGCGGCGCGGGGUCGGGCGUUGCGACGCGCAGCGGCCAGCGGGGCCUAUUUGAAGGGGCUGAGGGUCUGGGCCGGGCGGAGCUGCAAGUAGGCGUGGUUGCGGCUGGCAACGCGGAGGAACUGCGGCUGGCGGCUCGCCGGCAGACGUCCACUGCCGCUAUCCGAGAUGCCCGCCUGGCACUGCUGCACGACUCCGGCCGUGGCGGCAGCAGCGACGGCAGUAGCAGCAACAAAAGUGGCAGUAGCAGCAGCAGCAGCAGCAGCAGCAGCCAUCGCAGGAAGGAGGCGGGCGUGCUGCCUCUGGAGCUGCAGCAGCUGCACCGCCUGCUGCUACACACCGCCACCAUGGCGCCCACGCCGCUGCUGCGGAGCAGCGGCGAGUGGCAGGGGCAGCUGCAGGGGGGGCAUGGCGCCGGAGGCGCGGCAGCGCCUGACGACGUCAUGCAGGACUUUGCCCGUGUCAUGGCAGAGGUACGGCGGGUGCUGGCCCACACUGCUGGCGCCGCCGCAGCCGCAGCCGCCGCUUCUGCUAACUCCGCCUCAUCUGGGCCCGCUACCGAGCCUACCGGUAUCCCCGGGCUGGAGGCUGAGCAGCCUGACGCGGCCCAGGAGUCGUCUGGUUUGGGCGGCGGCGUGUGGCGGCACCGCCAGCGGCAUGCACGGCGGCUCUCACAGCAGAACGAUACAACCGACGGCGCGGCUCCACCGCCCUCAGAUCCCGACGCGCCGCCAGCACCGCCCUCACCUCCAUUCCGCCCGCCGUCACCUCCCUCCACGCCCUCGUCUCCCUACCCGCCGUACUUCCCUGACCCACCGCCGCCGCCCCCGCCUGCGCCGCCAGUACGGCAGCCGCCGCCCGACAGCGCCAGCCUCAACAACUGCAUUUUCUUCAACAAUGCAGCCGACAGCGGCGCCGGCGGCGCCCUGUGGGUGCGCGGCAUCGGCGGCGUGCUGAUGACCGCCUGCGCCUUCAGCUACAACAGCGCCCCCGGCGGCGGCGCCGUCGCCGCGGAGGUCGUGGCGGCACCGUCAACCUUGGCGCUGUACCGCGAAGACGACCGUGCGCCGGCCGACGCGCCGGUGGCGGCGCCGUCGGCGGCGGUUCCGCCGCCGCCGCCGCCACCGCCGUCGCCGCCGCUGGCGUCGCAGGCGCCUACGGCUUGGCUGCGCCUCAGCGGCUGCAUGCUUACGUUCAACAGCGCCCAGGCGGUGACCGACUCGGCAGACGAGCAGGAUGGCGGCGGCGGUGCCGCGUCCGCAGCCGCCGCGCCUGACGGCGGCGGCCUGCUGAUCUGGGUGCGCAGCCACGGCGGCGCUGCUGGCAACUGGACCGCCGCUGGCGGCAGCGGCGCCGCCGCUCCUAGUGCCGGAGCCGGAGGCACUGGAGGCGCUGCAGGAGCUGGCGGCGGCGGCGGCGGCCUACUGCUGGUGGCGUCGUCACAGAUCAGCGACAACAUCGCAGGCGGGUGUGGCGGCGCGGCGGCGGUGCGGCAGCGGCUGCUGCCGGCGGCGGCAGCAGCUGGCGUGGCAGCGGCGGCGGGAGGCGGCGGCGCGGCCGCCGUCACGACCUCGCCGCUGCUGCGGGUGCGGUUCCAGGACACGGCCAUGAGUCGGAACAAGGCACAGCAAGGCAGCGGCGGCGCCCUGUUCGCCGACACCGCCGCCGCCCAUAUCACACUGCGCAAGGUCGCCGCCACCAGCAACCAGGCCUACGCUGCUCGGGCCAGCGGCAGCGCGGCGCCGGCGGCGGCGACUGCCAGUGUGGGGCUUGGUGCCGGCGGCGGCGCAGUGGCUAUGAGCGGCGGCGCCGGCGAGGGUGUGGCGGCGGUGCUGGAGGUGAUAGACAGCACGGUGGCUGGCAAUCUCGCCGUGGCGGGCGACGGCGGCGCCCUGCUGGUCUCCGCCGCCGCCGCCCGCGUGCUCCUGUCCGGCGGCCUCAUCAGCAACAACGUGGCGGCGGCGGGACACGGAGGCGCGCUGGCGGUGCUGCCGCCGCCGCCGGCCGCCGCGCCUGCCGCCGCCAUCGGCGGCUUCCUGCUCAGCGGCGCGGGCGUGGCACCGCAGGCCGCCGCGUCUGAGGUGGUGCUGCGGAGCAUGAGCCUUCGCACCAACAGCGCCGCGGGCUCUGGCGGCGGCGUCAUGGUUGCGGCAGCUAGCGGCUCACUCACCGUGGCCGCGUGCGUGAUCGACAGCAACACGGCAGGCAGCACCAGCGGCGCCAGUGGCGGCGGCGGCGGCGCCCCGAUCGGCAGCCCUGGCGGCGGCGGUGGCGGCGGCUUGGCAUGCUGGCUGUAUGGCGGCGGUGGCGCCGCCAAUGCCAGCCGCUCCUCUACGGCAGACCCGUCUGCCACAGCAGCCAAGGAGCCGUAUGUGUUCCUGAUCAACAGCACCACCAUCGUCAGCAACAAGGCCUUGACCGGCGACGGCGCCGGUGUGCUGGUGGCGGCGGCGGGGGCGCCUGUGGGCGGCAGCGUCGCCUCCCAGCGGCCGCUGCAAGCGGCGCCGCCGCUGUCAGCGGCGGUGCUUGAAUCCCUCAUCAACAACAACUACGCGCCACUGGGCUCUGGCGGCGGCAUGUCGAUCAACGUCUUUGUUGUGCUCAUCAACUCCACCACCGCCGACUCGGUUGGCGCUAGCGCAGCUCCAGCCCUCAGCGAUCCGGCGGCUGCGCCGCCGGGCGCCGACCUGCCUUCGCCGCCGCCGCCAACUUCUAUCCAAACCGGCCGCGGUCGCACCGGUCUGGAUGUGCGGCUGCAGGGCUGUGUCAUGUCCGACAACGCAGCAGCUGCAGCCGGCGGCGGUCUACACGUGGCCAUGGCGGGCGUGGCGGCGCCUGGUGGAGCGGCGGCGGCGGACGAGGAGGAGGAGGAUGACGUGGAGGCGUUGCGGCUGUGGCGGGACGCGGGCGCGGUGGCGCGAGUGCACCUCAAGGGAUGCAGUGUGGGCAACAACUUGGCUGCAGUCUCGGGCGGAGGCGUGGCCAUCCUGUAUGGGGCAGUGGCUGGCGCCGCCGCCGCCACCGCCGCCGCCACACUCGCCGCAGCGUCCGCACCCUCGGUACGACUCGAGAGCUGCGACAUCAGCUACAACUCCAUUUCGUACUCCCAAGUCAUGGCGACCAGCGCGGCGAUGGAGGCGGCAGCGGCGGUAGCCGCGCGUGCUCGGCUGCCCGGUGUGGGCGCCACAGGCGGCGGCGUGGCGGCUCUCGGCCGACUGCGUGUGACUGCGCGGUCCUGCACCAUUAUGGGAAACAACGUUGCAGCUGCCGACACUGCUAGCACCACUAGCAUUGCGGGCCAGCAGCAGCAGGUUCCAUGGGUGAACGGCGGCGGCGGCCUGUGUGCGGGCGGCGCCGUGUCGCUAAUCGUGGCGGCUUGCAGCCUGGCGACGAACGCGGUCGACCUGGGAGCGGCUGGCAAUGCCAGCGGCGGUCCGGCGGGCGCGGCUGUAGCAGCAGGCGGCGGCGGCGGCGUGCUGGCCUGGGGUGUGGGUCAUGUGGAGGUGCUGGCCUCCUCGGUCAAGGCGGGGCAGUGCGGCGGCGGCGGCUGCCUGGGCGGCGGGCUGCACUUGGCGGCGGCGGGUCAAGUGGCGCUGGUGCAGUGCGACAUCACCGGCAACACAGCAGGAGGCGGAGGAGGCGUGUACCUGUCCAGCCAGGCCGACGGCACCGGCGCCGCGGCGGUGGCUGCAGCGACACCUGCGGGAGGUGCUCCGCAGCCCGCCACGACGGCGGUGCUGUUUGGCAACUGGGUCGGCGACAACAUCGCCACUGGAUACGGCGUGUACGCUGCCAGUGACGGCAGUAGCGGCGGCGACAGUGGCGGCGGCGGCGCGGCGCCGUACAGCGGCUACGGCGGCGGCCUGCUGCUGCAGGGUGACAGACUGGCGGCGGCCGUCGUCAGCGGCAACCUGUCGCACCACAACAGCCUGGAGGCGGCGGCGGGCGGGCAGGGCGCUGCCGUGGCGGCGGCGCUGGGCUGCGGCGGCGGCGGCGCUGGUGGCGGCAGCGCCGAUGCCGCGAGCGGUGAUGCAGCGACGCCGCAGGUCUGGCUCAGCCCGGUGGCUGCCAGCUUGGGCGGCACUUGGGCGGCACUCCGCGCGCACCUGGCCGGCAGUGGCGGCAACAGCAGUAGCACUGGUGCCGGCGGCCGCUGCAGCUCGCUGCUGCUGCUCAGCAACGUGCUGCUGCCGACCGGCCGCCGCGUGCCGUCCGGGCCCUACCUGGCUCCCGGGCCCCCCUCGCCCUCCCCGGCGCCGGCCCAAGCGGCUGACGGCGGCGGCGGCGCCGAGGCUGCCACCGUCGACGCGGUGUGGGUGGCGGACGCUGCGGCGCUUGUGGUGGGCUGCAGCGCCGCCGGCAACGCCACCGCCGCCGCCGCCACCGGCAUCAACGUGGGCGGCAACACGGACGGCGUGGGUGGCGUGUCGUACCUGCCGGUGCUGGGUGGCGAGCUGGGGGUGGCGGCGGCGCUGACGGCGGAGGAGGCGGAGCUGGUGGCGGCACUGCAGGCGGCGGCCCUGAGCAGCCUGGCGGGGCGCGGGGCGGGAGGCAGCGGCGCAGCGGGAGGUGCCGGUGGCGGGGGGGCCGAUGCGCUGGAGCUGCAGAUGGCCACCUGCCGCCUGCCCGGCAGCCCGCCGCCUCUGGGAGCCUGAGGACCUCUUACUUAGGGAUUCAGACAACACACACGCGCACACAUACACACAUAUGCGCACACACACAGACACACACACAGACACACACACACAUGCACGUAACUGGGUCCUCUGCGAUAGCGUAUAUGGCGACCUGGCGAGGCUGGGCAGUAGGCACAUGCAGUAGUGCGCUGAUUGAAAGCGCCUACCUUCAUACACCCCACCCCACCGCACUCCAUCAUUAGUUGCAUGACAGUAGACCCGGAUGUUCAUGGCCAGUGGCAUGGCUUGCUCGCGUAGGAACCCCGUGCACGCAGCGGCCCGAGCAACGGCGCAGCCGCAGCACAUAGCUCCAUGUUACGGACGUACCUGUGAACUUGUUAUCAGCAUUGCGACGGUUCUGCAGGUACCGUAUGAAAUUUUCUAGAACUUGCGAUACGUGAAUGGGACUUGCGAUAUACGUGUCGCUACUCGCGCGCGCUGAGGACUGUUGGGUGGCCGGGGCGAUAUUUGGGAAGUGUUACUCAUGAUGCAGCUCUGUCGUACAGGCACGUGUCGGCGGAGAGGCGAGUGAUUCAUUGCGGGGUGAACGAGUUUGGUCAGAGGCGCGAUCCGGAUGGCAGAGAAAACGAGGUAGGCGGACGGAGGCACGGCGCGGGGGCAGUGAGCUGUGUGUUACGCGGCUAAUGUGCACUUUCGUGUCUCAGGUACGUUAGGCAGAAGCUGAGUUAGGUUGCGAUAUGACUGAGUUAGGGCGGUAAGUGAAGAUUGCAUUGGUUACAAGAGGGACCUGCUGACGCAGUUCACGAGCCAGUGACGUGGAGAACGAACACCCAGCUCUGGACUCCAGGGGCGUGCCGCCUGCAACGCCGUCGGCCUACUCUAGCGAAGGCAGGCGCACGGAUCGAACGCUGACUUAAUAUGAUAUACCGUAGUAGCGCGGAACAAGGCGGCUCGGCUGGUGUGCAGGCCCGCCAUUGCCAGCAUUGCCGGGUGGCAAGUGUUAGGGUGGUAAUUGUUGGAGGUGCGAGGAGUUGCUUUCCCUGGUUGCUUCCAUCCGUCCCGGCGCUUUAUGCUUAUAGGCAUGGACUUGGGCGGUUUGCAAUUGCACGGUUGCAUGUGGAGAUGGCCGCAGCAAGCUAAGGCGGCUAGGGCUGAGGUGAUGGAAGGGAGUGUAACGGGGGGUACCU